CAAUCAAAUCCAUGGGUGAUUUAAAUCAAUACAAAAUUUUGAUCGCGGCUGAAGAGUCAGAGGUGUCAUGCAAAGCGAUUAAAUACGCGUUCGAUUUAUGUUCAAGAUUAAAUACGCCUUAUAGUUUGGAAAUCGUCUAUAUCAUUGCAUUGAAUCCGGAAACCAACGUCCCAUUUUUACAUAAUUUGGACAAAGCCAACAACCUUGAUAUCCUUUUAGAUGCAAAUAAACCCAUAUCUAUGGUUAUGGAGCGUCUAAAGCAAUACCAAAGCAUUUAUGUAAGCGAUCUUUUUAAAGAGUAA